GACCCCCCCGACCUUACACACACACACACACACUCCGACCUCAGACACGCUCACUCGGAGCACUCUAACACACACUCCGUGGACGCUUCCAUCCUGCAGCUGAGCGCCAGUCUGCUGCACCACAGUCACUCUGCAGAUGCUGACCUCCACUCUCUGAAGGACAAGAAGUACAGCACCUACAAACACACCAGCACUGGAGCUGCCUCCUCCAGCAAGGACAAUAACAAUGGUUCCCAUGAUGCCCCAGGGGGCCAGAGACAGACCCACUGCCGGUCCUGUCUGGGGAAGUUAUCAGGUUACUCUGGUCUGUACACAGUCCGCUCCCCUCAGAACCGCUGUGACGCCUGCGUCCACCUGGGCAACCUCUACGACAUCAGUGAAGAUCAACUGCAGUACCAGGCCUACUCACAGGCACAAACACCCUCCCCUCACACACACUCCCCGCACGCACACUCCCCACACGCACACACACACACCCAGCACACACACACACACUCCCCACACGCACACACACACACCCAGCACACACAGCCUCACGCUGGAGGAGACAUGUUCAGCCACUACCUGCCUCAGAGUGAGCUGGGUCUGGUGGGCGAGGGCGAUGGGUUGGUGAGUCACUACCUCCCCCCGUGUGGAGCCUCCCCCCCGGGAUCUCACCUCUCCUCCCAGCUCAGCCGCCAGCCCUCCUAUGAGAACGUCCCUGAGAAGCAGCAGCAGCAGCAGUAUCGGGGGAGCAGGGAGUCAGAGCGGCAGCAGAGUCAGUUCAGAGGGUUCAGUCUGCCAGACCGAGACAACAGCAGAGAUAGCAGCAGUUUUGGUCUCCUGGAGGAUAGCCCCUAUGCUAACGUCCUCACCAUGCGCUCCGACCGACCCUACUCCUCCUCCAAGACCCCCUCCUCCCCCCUCAACCACUCCCUGGAUCCUGUCCUGCCCUACCCCAUGCCCCUCCCCCGCCGCUCCAAGUCCCUGUACCCCGACCGGCCCUCCCAUAACCCCUUCCUGCAGGGCGGAGGGGGGACGGGGCAGCGUGGCGGAGGAGAGAACAGCCUGGCCGCAGCACAGCGCCUGGCACAUGGCCGCUCCGCCACCGACCUCUACAAACAACUAGUCCCCCUGGCGAUGACGCUCGGCAACCAUCAUGGGAAUCCCCAUGGUAACCACCAGGAGUUCUUCUACCCCGUGGCCUCGGAGACGGCCGUGAUGUCAUACGUAAUGGCUCCGCCCACCGUGGCGGCCCAGCAGCCAAUUGGCUACGUGACGGCUCCCCGGGCCGCCAGCGCCGGUGGAAACAGGCCACGCCUCUACCGACGCAUGCCCAGCAUCGAGUCCGACGUCUGAGACACACACACACACACAAGCACAUGGGAGAGAGAUUGUGUGUGCUGCUGUUAGGAACAGAUCUGACUUAACAAACACACACAGCUGCAAGGCUGAACAGAACAGAACAGUCCUGAGUGUUUCCUAUGUGGAGUAAAACCACCUUUAUAAACCACUAAUACUAUACAGCCUAAAGACUCUACAGGAGAGGAGAGGAGAGGAGAGGAGA